GACAACAUGUCCCUUUGGUCAUCAAUUCUGACCUGCCUUUUUCUGCUUAUUUCUGGUUCCUGUGAGUUCUUUGCUGAAGCAAAUUAUUUUAGAAGCUAUCCUUGUGAUGAGAAAAGGCAAAAUGUGUCUAUUGUAGCAGAAUGCAACAAUCGUCAACUGCAAGAAGUUCCCCAAACAGUGAGCAAAUAUGUGACAGAACUAGACCUGUCUGAUAAUUUCAUCACACAUAUAACGAAUGAAUCAUUUCAAGAGCUGCAAAACCUUACUAAAAUAAAUCUAAACCACAAUGCCAAUCAACAGCACCAGAAUGAAAAUCCUGGUAUGGAUAAAGAUGGCAUGAAUAUUACAGAUGGAGCCUUCCUCAACCUAAGAAACCUGAAGGAGUUGCUGCUCGAGGACAACCAGUUAUACAAAAUACCCACUGGCUUGCCCAAGUCUUUAAAAGAACUGAGUCUCAUUCAGAACAAUAUAAUUUUGGUAACUAAAAAUAACACUUUGGGACUUUGGAACUUGGAAAGUCUCUAUUUGGGCUGGAAUUGCUAUUUUGUUUGUAAUAAAACCUUGGAAGUAGAAGAUGGCACAUUUGAAAACCUUAAAAACUUGAAGGUGCUAUCACUCUCUUUCAAUACUCUCAUCCACGUGCCACCAAAACUGCCAAGCUCCCUAACAAAACUUUUUCUGAGCAAUACCAAGAUCAAAAACAUCAGUCAAGAAGACUUCAAGGAGUUGAGAAACUUAAGACUGCUAGAUUUAAGUGGAAACUGCCCGAGGUGUUUCAAUGCACCUUUUCCUUGCACGCCUUGUGAAGGUGAUGCUUCAAUUAAUAUACAUCCAAAUGCUUUCCAAAAUCUGGCCCAACUUCUCUACCUAAACCUCUCCAGCACUUCCCUCCGGACGGUUCCGUCCACCUGGUUUGAGAAUAUGAUCUCUCUGAAAGAGCUGCAUCUUGAAUUUAAUUAUUUAGUGCAAGAAAUAGCCUCGGGGGAAUUUUUAACAAAACUGCCCAACUUAGAAAUACUUGAUUUAUCUUUUAACUACAUUAAGACAGAAUAUCCACAAUAUAUUAAUAUUUCCCAAAACUUCUCUACACUUAAGUCUCUCAAGGCAUUGCAUGUAAGAGGUUAUGUGUUCCAAACACUUAAGCAAGAACAUUUCAGGCCCCUCAUGGGUCUGCCACACUUACAGACCAUAAACUUUGGCAUUAACUUUAUUAGUAAAAUUGAUUUUACCCUUUUCCAACAUUUCCGCAACCUGACAGUUAUUUACUUGUCAGAAAACAGAAUAUCACCCUUGGUAAAUGAUGUAGCACAGAUUACUACAAAUGGUUCCUCUUUGCAAAGCCAUGCUCUUAAACCACGCUCAACAGAUGCCAAGUUUGACCCACAUUCAAAUUUUUAUCAUAAAACCAAUCCUUUAAUAAAGCCACAAUGUACUGCUUAUGGAAAGGCCUUAGAUUUGAGUUUAAAUAGUAUUUUCUUUAUAGGGGAAAAACAAUUCGAAGGUUUUCAUGAUAUUGCCUGCUUAAAUCUGUCUUCCAAUGGCAAUGGUCAGGUGUUACAUGGAACUGAAUUUUUAGCUGUGCCUCAUGUCAAAUAUUUGGAUUUGACCAACAAUAGACUAGACUUUGAUGAUAACAAAGCUUUCAAUGAACUGCCCAACUUAGAAGUUCUAGAUCUCAGCUACAAUUCACACUAUUUCGAGAUAGCAGGGGUAACCCAUCGUCUAGGAUUUAUUCAAAAUUUAACACAGCUCAAGGUUUUAAACUUGAGCUACAACAGCAUUUAUACUUUAACAGAGGAGAAUGAACUGAAAAGCAUGUCCCUAAACGAGCUAGUUUUCAGUGGAAACCGCCUGGACCUUUUGUGGAAUGCUGGAGACACCAGAUACUGGCCUAUUUUUAAAUGUCUCAUGAAUCUGACGCAGCUUGACUUAGCUCACAAUAACCUUCAUCACAUUCCAGAUGAAGCUUUCCUUAACUUGCCCCAGAGCCUCGUGAAACUUUAUAUAAAUAAUAAUGUGUUAAAUUCCUUUCACUGGACAUUGCUUCAGAAGUUUCCACAUCUUACCUUGCUUGAUCUAAGUGGAAACAAGCUAUCCUCUGUGGAUAACAGCCUCUCUAGAUUUCCUUCUUCUAUUCAGACACUGCUAUUGAGAAAAAACAGGAUUUCACACCUGCCCGCUGGCUUCUUUUCGGAAGCCAGGAGUCUGGUGCACCUUGAUUUAAGUUUCAACCUGAUAAAGAUGAUCAACAAAUCCACACUGCAGACUAGGACUGCCACCAAUUUAAGUCUUUUGGAACUAAGUGGGAACCCUUUUGACUGUACUUGUGACAUUGGAGACUUCCGAAGGUGGAUGGAUGAACAUCUGAAUGUCACGAUUCCUAGAUUGGUAGAUGUCAUUUGUGCCAGUCCUGGGGAUCAAAGAGGGAAGGGUAUUAUAAGUCUAGAGCUCACAACUUGUGUUUCAGAUACCACUGCAGCAGUGCUAUUUUUCUUCACAUUCUUUGUCACCACCAUGGUUAUGGUGGCUGCCCUGGCUCACCAUUUGUUUUACUGGGAUGUUUGGUUUAUCUAUCACGUGUGUUUAGCUAAGGUGAGAGGCUACAUGUCUGUUUCCACGUCCCAAACUUUCUAUGAUGCUUACAUUUCUUAUGACACCAAAGAUGCCUCUGUUACUGACUGGGUGAUCAAUGAAUUGCGCUACCACCUUGAAGAGAGUGAAGAUAAAAAUGUUCUCCUUUGCUUAGAAGAGAGGGAUUGGGACCCGGGGUUAGCCAUUAUCGAUAACCUCAUGCAGAGUAUAAACCAGAGCAAGAAAACAAUCUUUGUUUUAACCAAAAAAUAUGCAAAGAGCUGGAACUUUAAAACAGCUUUCUACUUGGCCUUGCAGAGGCUAAUGGAUGAGAACACAGAUGUGAUUAUAUUUAUUCUGCUGGAGCCUGUGUUACAGCACUCUCAGUACUUGAAGCUACGACGUCGGAUCUGCAAGAGCUCCAUCCUCCAGUGGCCCGACAACCCCAAGGCAGAAGGCUUGUUUUGGCAAAGUUUGAAAAAUGUGGUCUUAACUGAAAAUGAUUCACGGUAUAACAAUUUGUAUGUUGAUUCCAUUAGGCAAUAAUUACUGAUGGGAGGUCAUGGUUCAACACCAUAAUAAAAAGGCAAAGCAAUGACCAUUCUCACUUAGUGAUCUCUUGCUAUGUAACAAAUUACCCA